AUGGGCCCUUUAAAGCUACAGAUGUACAGCUUUAUGGGCGGAGGGCUGUUCUGCGCUGGCGUGGGGAACAUCCUCCUCAUCGUCUCCACGGCAACCGAUUACUGGAUGCAGUACCGGCAGUCCAGCAACUACAUGCACCAGGGGCUGUGGCGCUACUGCACUCCGGGCAAAUGCUUCCCACACAAUGACAGCAUCGCCCACUUAGAUGCCACACGCGCCCUGAUGAUCCUGUCCCUGCUGGCGUGCUUCAUCGGCAUCAUCAUAGGAGUCAUGGCCUUUAUCCAUUACUCUUCCUUCGACCGUUUCGACAAGACCUUCGCCGCAGGCAUUUUGUUUUUCAUCUCAUGCUUUUUCGUGUUUCUGGCUAUGGCUGUGUACACUGGUGUCACUAUAAACUACUAUGGGAAGCGCUAUGGAAACUGGAGGUUUUCCUGGUCCUAUAUAAUCGGCUGGGUGUCCGUGGUCCUCACCUUCUUUUCAGGUAUCUUCUAUAUGUGCGCCUAUCGGAUGCAUGAAUGCCCCAGGAGCGGGAACUCUCAUUAG